UUUUCUUUCUCACCGUGGACGGCCAGCAGCUCCCACUGCACCUCGAUGUCUCGCCACACAUCCACACACGUAUCUCUGUGCCAAAAGAUCUCUCAGACAAACCGACGCCGGUGCAAACAAGGGCCUUUGGCCUUGGAAGGAGAUGGGGAAGGUGGAGCCUUUAAGAGCUGCCUCUAAAGGGAGCUGCUCCACCGGACAACAGCCACACACCUCACCGAAGAGUCUUGAUGAAAAGCAUGCAGGAAGUCUGACUGGAUCUCUGCUGAAACUCACCGGACUGGGCCAACCCUGAGCACAGAGGGUCACACGGCUUUAGGCCCCUCCUGGAGCAUCCUGAUACUGAACUGUCGACAUACAUAGAUGCUGCCCGAUUCGGCAGCGUCUCCGGAUUCUACCGUCAUAAUGCUGGGCGUUAUAGUGCUAAAGGAUGUGUUGACUGGCUGUCAUGUAGAAAACACCGACAAGUAUCUGAUACUCAUGCUUCUCAAGUCGGGACUGGACUUAGCGGCCUUUUUCUUGUGCUGCCGGAAGCGGUUCAGCUCCUUUAUAAGCAUGUGCAGUGUGUCCGUCAUGUUGGCUGACUUGGUGAUGGUGGUUCUUCUAGCGAGCAUGUGGUUUCUUGGGCCUGAAAGGUACCUUCUGUCACUCUGCAUCGUCUUGGCUAAAGCCUCGGCGGCGUAUGAAGCACUGCCGCUACCCGUGAUGUGCCUGGGUUUACUGGACUGCUGCUUGGAACACAGCCGGCUCGGCAAACAGAACGCCUUCUGCAAAUUCCUAAGGAACGCCGUCUUGACAUUGCUGGUGUUGAUGCUAGGUGUCGUUUGCUCCUUUGUUUAUGGCAGAUCUGAUCUGAUGGAACUGGAUUAUGGACGGAUAAGGACGCUAGUGUGUGAAGUAAGGCAGUCUGAACUGAUUGUCUACUUCAUUUGGGGGCUUUUCACAGCAGUCGUUUGUGCAAUGAUACCCUUUUGGUCAAUGAUCCCCCAGUGGGUGAAAGAGGCUGAAAGGUUAUCUGUAGCGAGGGAAGAACUACAGAACGAGAGCAGCGACUUGCUGUUCACCUCGACCAAGACAAAAAGCGGCGAGGAGAACUAUCCGAAGGAGACCGUCCAGCCGUUUCCGCCUCUGUGGUUCAGCCUGACGCUUGGCUUCAGUCUAACCUGGAUGCCUUAUCUCAGCGUGUCCGUGGCCUGUAUGCUCUUCGGCUUUGCGACACCUGCCUACAUCACUGUUAACGUGCUGUGGUUGGAGUGCGCCAACAGUUUGCUGACGGGUGUGGUGUUCUGGGCAAACAGCAAGACACGAGGACCGUACAGCCAGCUCCCAGAAAACGUGUGCUUGUGGCACGUUUUCUGGCAUUUGAGCAAAGGAACACAGCAGCAGCUCCCUAUAGCGGUGUUUAACCCGUCAAAAGGGAAGAGAAACACUCUCCUCUAUUUGUAAUAGAAAAAAUAGGUCAACACUAAACCUGUUACAUCUCAGACCUGACGGCCAACAGCAGGUGAUACGAGAAUAAAGACUGUGAAUGGUUCACCUGUGUAAAUACUCUGUUAGAUGCGGAAACUGACGCCUGGACACAGACAUGCAUCUCUCAACUCUCCAUGCAGGAGAUGCAAAUGUUUGCAGUUGGCAAGAGAGCGACUGGACUUAAAAGUAAUUCUUUGAAGAGCUGGGGAGCUUCACAGGCCCUUUUCACAGCAGUCAUUUUGACAUGUCAUUGCAGGGUCUACCUACAGGUGUAAUUAAUCAAUAACAUGAAUUAUUAAUAAUUAUGUUCCAUUUAGGUGUACCAGGGCCCUGGACUGGUAUUGUGCAUAAUGGCUGACUGUAAUGGCUGUGACAAAUUAAAUAGAACAGGACCAUAAUUAAUCUGAUCACACCCGUGUUGACCCUGCAAGGACAUGUUGUUAAAAUGGCUGCUGUGAAAAGAGCAUAUUAACGCUACACUUAACUGUAAAUAUUAACUGAAAUCACCAUAAUGUUCUAUUUCCUACAUGCAUUACCUUACAAAGCACACUUGGUGAUUGUUGGAAAGGGUAAUGUUGACGGUUUAGGUGACUUUUACUUUGUUUCUGUCCAGUUUGAAUGAAGGGGGGAGGUCUGCGCUCUCCGAGUGCCAUUCUAGUUUGUAUAUAUUUGUCAUAAAGUCCUUUUCUAAGAUAAUUGUAGACUUGUGGUAAAUGCAAUGUUGAUGAUAUGCGUGUAUAAAUAUAUAUAUAUUCCUUUCUGUCCCAAACAGGUAUAAAUGCUUCUCAAUAAAUAUCCCUUUUCAUUUUUCUUUCACUGAUUGAA